UGUAACCCGGCCCGGUCGUAUUGUAAUCGUCAUUCCGUCUCUUCACCGACGAGAGUACAGGCGGAAUCGGCGGUGGAGGAAAUCCAGAGAGUUGGGAGAGAUGUUAUCUUUGAAAUUUGGGUACAAAUGGGUAGCGGUUGCUGCUGCCUCCGAACCAGUCGUAGGACGUCAAAGACAUUUGAGAAAUCUUUGCUGCUUUUCUAAUCGUAUUCACUCAAAUGGGAUAUCGUCCGAGUAUCAGAGUGAUUUCUCUUCACCGUCGUCGUCGUCGAAAGAUUUUUCGUCUCUAGAAGGAUUGGAGGAUGUCAUGGUUGGCUACCUUUUUGGGAAGAAGAGAGCGACAGAAGUUGCUCACUCUGUAUGGAAACGUGUCAUCAGAACAGGGGAUACAGUGGUAGAUGCUACUUGUGGAAAUGGGUAUGAUACUCUAGCUAUGCUCAAAAUGGUUGCUGAUGAAGCUGGUUCUGCUCGUGUUUAUGCAAUGGACGUUCAGAAAGAGGCCUUAGAAAGUACUUCUGCUUUACUGGACGAAUCACUCUGUAAAAAAGAGAGGAAACUUGUUAAACUCUCCUCCAUUUGCCACAGCAGAAUGGAAGAUGUCAUUCCAGAGGGUUCUCCCGUCAGGCUUGUUGCAUUUAACCUUGGCUACCUACCUGGUGGAAACAAAGCAAUCACUACAAAGUCAGAAACAACAUUACAAGCACUUGAAGCUGCCUAUAGACUUCUAAAACCUGGAGGGCUCAUCAGCCUUGUGGUUUAUGUGGGGCAUCCUGGUGGACUGGAAGAAUUGGAGACUAUCCAAAAAUUUUGUGGCGAGCUGGGUGUUGAGAAUUGGAUUUGUUGUAAGCUUCAGAUGUUGAACCGACCACUAGCUCCAGUGCCUGUGUUCUUAUUCAAGAGAUGAAAGUGGUAAACGUUUCUUUUCUUUCCACUCCUACGAUUCCUAGCUUCUUUGUUUGAUGAUGGUAGAUGAACUCGUAAAAGAAUGUUGGUUAUUAUCAUGUCAAUUCCGUAAUGAAGUGAGCUUAGUUCUGCAGUUUCAUGUCAAUAAAUAAAUAAUUAAUGCAUAUAUUUGUUUGAGUAAGUAAAGUUUGGUGUAGAUUUAAAGGCAAA